AUGAAGUUCCUGGCAGUCCUUGUAUUGCUUGGUGUUUCCACUAUCCUAGUCUCUUGCCAGGAUGCGGAGACAGACAGUCCUGACACUUCUGGUACUGUUGAUUCUAAUGAUGGAAACAUUGGCUCUGAAACUCUGGCAGAUACUACUGGUGAAAAGCAACAUGGUGAGUCCUCUGAUUCAGCCAAUGAGGAAAGUGAGAUCACUAAUAAUACCAACACUGCUAAUGAGGCCUCUGAGAAAGACAACAUGGAAGAGACAGAGGAUGAUAACCUUACUGGGGAUGAUAACUCCGAUCAGAAAGAAGGAGAUGACAAUGCAAAGGCUGAAAAUAAUAUAAAGUCCGUACUCG